AUGUUUAUAUUUUCAGGGUUUUUAAACUUGCGUGGAUCAGAUAUUGAUUAUAAUCCCAUAUUUUUCGCGUAUUUGAUUAUUGAUUUCAAUAGUAUUAAACUAUUCAUUGACAAAUCAAAACUUCCAGAAAACUUUGAAAAUUAUCAAAAGCAAAAUGGUGUCGCCAUUCAUGUUCAACCAUAUGACUGUAUUGGAAGCGAAUUACAGGCUUCAAUAAGUAUAUUAUCAAGUGGAAAAAUAUGGAUUUCUCCUAACUCAAGCUAUUUCUUAUGUUCCAAGAUACCUAAAAAAUUAAGAAUACAAGAAAUUACACCUAUAGCUAUCAACAAAGCGAUUAAAAAUAAAAGUGAAAUUGAUGGAUUUAUUAACUGUCAUAUUCGUGAUGGAGUUGCACUUUGUAAAUAUUUCGCUUGGCUGGAACAUGCUAUUCAAAAUGGCGAAAACAUAAGUGAACUAUCUGGAGCUACAAAACUUGAAGCCUUUCGAUCUAAAAAUAAAUACUUUAUGGGGUUAAGCUUUCCAACUAUAAAUGCGAGUGGACCUAAUGGUUCCAUAAUACAUUACCAUCCAACUGAGAAUACCAAUCGUUCCAUAACAAAUAAUGAAAUUUAUUUAUGUGAUUCCGGUGCCCAGUAUUUCGUGCGUGUUGCAAUAGAUCGAUAUACGCAAAUGCAUUCCGAUCCAGUUGAAGAUUUUGACAAAAUGAAAGACUACGUACAACAGAAAAGAGUUAAACGUCAUAUGCGAACAUAA